ACAUCGCGGCCGGUGUUCCUCACAUAGAGAAUCGAUUAGAAGUUGUUGUACAGUAAGAAAGGAAAAAAGAAGUAGAUCAAAAUGACACACGAAGCGGAUCCCGGCUGGCAGUUUCUUCGCCAGUCGCCAGAACAGCUAUUGGCGGCCACGACGAAGAAGUUCGAUUCGAAGAAAAAUGUGUGGGUUGCCGACCCAGAGGAAGGAUUCAUCGCCGCUGAAAUCAAGUCUUCGAAGGGAGAUACAGUGGUGGUGGUAACAUCGAAAGGAGUUGAGAAGACGAUCAAGAAGGACGAUGCUCAACAGAUGAACCCUCCAAAGUACGAGAAAACUGAGGAUAUGGCUAACUUGACAUUCCUCAACGAUGCUUCCGUUCUUCAUAACCUUCGUCAACGUUACUAUUCGAUGAUGAUUUAUACCUAUUCCGGACUUUUCUGUGUCGUCAUCAACCCAUACAAACGUCUCCCGAUUUAUUCGGAAUCGGUGUGUCAAAUGUAUCUGGGAAAAAGGAGAAAUGAAAUGCCACCUCAUUUGUUCGCCGUCUCUGAUGAAGCUUAUAGAAAUAUGACCAACGAUCGUGAAAAUCAAUCCAUGUUGAUUACCGGAGAGUCUGGGGCUGGAAAGACUGAAAACACGAAGAAGGUCAUCUCGUACUUUGCAAUGGUCGGAGCAUCGCAACAGUCGAACAAGAAAAAGAGCAAAAAGGACAAAGCGCAAGUCUCGCUCGAGGAUCAAAUUGUGCAAACCAAUCCGGUGCUGGAAGCUUUUGGUAACGCCAAAACUGUUCGUAACAACAACUCGUCAAGAUUCGGAAAAUUCAUCCGAAUCCAUUUCAACACCGGCGGUAAAGUGGCCGGAGCUGAUAUUGAACAUUAUCUUUUGGAAAAAUCUCGUGUCAUCAAACAAGCUCCCGGAGAGAGAUCGUACCACAUUUUUUACCAAAUUUAUUCUGAUGCCGUUAAGGGACUCAGAGAGAAGCUUUUCCUUACUCGUCCAAUCAAGGAGUACACUUUCGUGUCGCAAGCCGAAGUUACUAUUGACGGAGUUGAUGACAAGGAGGAAAUGCUUAUUACUGAUGAAGCAUUCGAUAUCAUGAAGUUCACUGCUACCGAAAAGUCUGAACUUUUUGCAAUCACUGCCGGUAUCAUGCAUAUGGGAGAGCUCAAGUUUAAGCAAAGACCAAGAGAAGAGCAAGCAGAGUUGGAAGAAGGAAAGGAAGGAGAGUUGGCUUGCAAGCUUUAUUGCGUUGAAUCUGAAAAGUUCAUCAAUGCUCUAUUGAAGCCACGUGUCAAGGUUGGAACCGAAUGGGUCAAUAAGGGACAGAACCUGGAUCAGGUUAACUGGGCUGUUGGCGCUCUUGCUAAGGCUCUCUUUGCCCGUAUGUUCUCUUGGCUUAUUAGAAGAUGUAACAAGACUCUUGACGCUCAAGACUUGUCUCGUGACUUCUUCAUCGGAGUUCUCGAUAUCGCUGGUUUUGAAAUUUUCGAUUUGAACUCUUUUGAGCAGCUCUGGAUCAACUUUGUGAACGAGAAACUGCAACAAUUCUUCAAUCAUCACAUGUUCGUGUUGGAACAGGAAGAAUACAAACGAGAAGGAAUUCAAUGGGAGUUCAUUGAUUUCGGACUUGAUUUGCAGGCUUGUAUUGAGCUCAUCGAAAAGCCACUUGGAAUCGUGUCGAUGCUCGAUGAAGAAUGCAUUGUGCCAAAGGCUUCCGAUCUUACCCUUGCCUCCAAACUGAACGAUCAACAUCUCGGAAAACACCCGAACUUCCAGAAGCCACGUCCACCAAAGGGAAAACAGGCCGAGGCUCAUCUUGCCAUCGUCCAUUACGCUGGAACCGUCAGAUACAAUGUCAAGGGAUGGCUUGAGAAAAACAAGGAUCCCCUCAACGACACCGCUGUCACUGUGCUUAAGGCUAACAAAGGAAAUCAACUUAUGGCCGAUCUGUGGGCGGACUAUGCCACCCAAGAAGACGUUGCAGCUGCUGCAAAGGACGGAAAGAAGGCUGUUGGAAAGAAGAAGGGAAAGUCUGCAUCGUUCAUGACAGUAUCUAUGAUGUACAGAGAAUCACUCAACAAAUUGAUGCAUAUGCUUCAUCAGACCCAUCCUCAUUUCAUUCGUUGUAUUAUUCCAAACGAGUUGAAAAAGGCUGGAAUGAUCGAUGCCAACUUGGUUCUCAAUCAGUUAACCUGCAACGGAGUGUUGGAAGGAAUUCGUAUUUGCAGAAAGGGAUUCCCCAACAGAAUGCCUUUCUUGGAUUUCAAACAAAGAUACGCUGUCUUAGCUGCUGAUGCUGCGAAAGCUGGAAAGGAUCCUAAGGAUGCUGGAGAGAAAAUCUCUGCAGCUCUCAUCAAGGACGGAAGCUUGAAACAAGAGGAAUUCCAGUGUGGCCUCACCAAGGUCUUCUUCAAAGCUGGAGUUCUUGCUCAUCUCGAAGAACUUCGUGAUGAAGCCCUUGGAAAGAUCAUGGCUAAGUUCCAAUGCGCAUGCCGUCACUAUCUUGCUCAAUGUGAAUACAAGAGAAAACUUGACCAGAAGGUUGGACUCAUUGUGCUUCAACGCAAUAUCCGUGCUUGGUGUACUCUUCGUUCAUGGUCCUGGUUCAAGCUGUUCGGACGUGUCAAGCCAUUGAUUAAGGGAAGCAAGAAGAACGAGGAGUUUGAGGCUCUCGAGAAGAAGUUCAAAGUACUUGAGGAGGAAAAAACACAGGAGGAGAGAAAGAGAAAAGAUAUGGAGGCGGAGAACGCGAGACUUGAAGCUGAGAAACAAGCUUUGCUCAUUCAGUUGGAACAAGAAAGAGAUUCUAGUGCUGAAGGAGAAGAACGAUCUGCAAAACUACUUGCUCAGAAGGCGGAUCUUGAAAAGCAGAUGGCCAACAUGAACGAUCAGUUGUGCGAUGAAGAAGAGAAGAAUGCAGCCCUUACUAAGCAAAAGAAGAAGAUCGAGCAAGAUAAUGAAGGUUUGAAGAAGACUGUUUCGGAUUUGGAGACUACUAUUAAGAAGCAAGAAUCCGAGAAGCAGGCUAAGGAUCACCAAAUCAGAAGUCUUCAAGAUGAGAUUCAAUCUCAAGAUGAGGUUAUUUCAAAACUCAACAAGGAGAAGAAGCAUCAAGAAGAAGUCAACCGUAAGCUCCUUGAAGAUAUCCAAGCUGAAGAAGAUAAAGUGAACCAUCUUAAUAAGACCAAAGCCAAGCUCGAGUCGACUCUUGAUGAACUCGAAGACACUUUGGAACGUGAGAAGCGUGGACGUCAAGACUGUGAGAAGCAGAGAAGAAAGGUUGAAGGAGAAUUGAAGAUUGCUCAGGAGCUCAUUGAGGAGCUUAACCGUCACAAGCAUGAACAAGAACAAGUGAUCAAGAAGAAGGACAUCGAACUGAGCUCGAUCCAAUCAAGACUUGAAGAUGAACAAUCCCUUGUUGCUAAGCUUCAAAGACAGAUUAAGGAAUUGCUGGCCAGAAUCCAAGAGCUUGAAGAAGAACUUGAUGCUGAAAGAAACUCGAGAUCCAAAGCCGAGAAGGCUAGAAAUGAAAUGCAAAUGGAAUUGGAAGAGUUGGGAGACAGACUCGAUGAAGCCGGUGGAGCCACCCAAGCGCAAAUUGAGCUCAACAAGAAGAGAGAAGCCGAGCUUGCCAAGCUCCGUCAAGACUUGGAAGAUGCUGCAAUCAACUCGGAAACCAGCAUGGCAGCUCUCCGUAAAAAGCAUAAUGAUGCUGUCGCUGAGCUCUCCGACCAACUUGACACUAUUCAGAAAAUGCGUGGAAAACUUGAGCGUGAGAAGAAUGAUAAGCAAAGAGAAGUUGAUGAGCUUCAACAAUCCGCCGACGUUGAGGCCAAGCAGCGUCAAAACUGUGAGCGCAUGGCUAAGCAACUCGAGGCCCAGCUCACUGAUAUGACUUUGAAGAGCGAUGAGCAAGCCAGACUUAUUCAGGAAUUGACUAUGGGCAAGAACAAGGUUCACAAUGAAAACCAAGACUUGAACAGACAAUUGGAAGAUGCUGAAGCUCAACUUUGUGCUUUGAACCGUAUCAAGCAACAACAACAUAGUCAAUUGGAAGAACUGAAAAGAACUCUUGAUCAAGAAACUCGUGAAAGACAAUCUCUUCACUCCCAAGUGUCAAACUAUCAAUUGGAAUGCGAGCAAUUUCGCGAGUCCCUCGAGGAGGAGCAAGAUGCUAAGACUGAUGUCCAACGACAAUUGAGCAAGGCCAAUUCAGAAAUUCAACAGUGGAGAGCCAAGUUCGAAGGAGAAGGUGUGUCCCGAGCUGAAGAAUUGGAGGAGACUAGAAGAAAGCUGACACACAAGGUUCAAGAAAUGCAAGAGCAAUUGGAAAAUGCUAAUCAAAAGAUUGGAACUUUGGAGAAGAAUAAGCAACGAUUGGCUCAUGAUUUGGAAGAUGCUCAGGUAGAUGCUGAUAGAGCUAACUCUAUUGCAAGCUCAUUGGAGAAGAAGCAAAAGGGAUUCGAUAAGGUUCUCGACGAAUGGCGCCGUAAAUGUGAAGCCCUUGUUGCUGAGGUGGAGCAAAGCCAGAGAGAAACUCGUGCUGCUGCCACUGAAACCUUCCGACUUCGCAAUCAACUUGAAGAAUCUGGAGAGCAAACUGAAGCCGUUAAACGUGAGAACAAGGCCCUGGCUCAGGAGCUCAAGGAUAUUGCUGAUCAGCUUGGAGAAGGAGGAAAGUCUGUUCAUGAUCUUCAAAAGAUGCGUAGAAGACUUGAAAUCGAGAAGGAAGAGCUUCAACAGGCACUCGAUGAGGCUGAAUGUGCCCUCGAAGCGGAAGAAGCUAAGGUCAUGCGUGCCCAAAUUGAGGUGUCUCAGAUCAGAAGUGAAAUCGAGAAGCGACUCCAAGAAAAGGAAGAAGAAUUUGAAAAUACCAGAAAGAAUCACAGCAGGACAAUCGAGAGCAUGCAAGUGUCUUUGGAGACUGAAAGCCGCGGAAGAGCCGAACUUCUCAAGACCAAGAAGAAGCUCGAGGGAGAUGUAAAUGAACUCGAAAUCGCAUUGGACCAUAGCAACAAACUCAAUGUUGACGGACAAAAAUCAAUGAAGAAGCUUCAAGAUACCAUCAGAGAGCUUCAAUAUCAAGUGGAAGAGGAGCAAAGAUCUUUGAGCGAAAGCCGUGAUCAUGCUAACCUUGCUGAACGUCGCUCACAAGUUUUGCAACAAGAAAAGGAAGAUCUUGCGAUCAUCUAUGAACAAUCGGAGAGAACUCGCAGACAAGCUGAACUUGAAUUGGCCGAAGUCAAGGACUCGGUCAAUGAACUUUCCAACAGUAACUCACUUCUUCUGGCUACCAAAAGAAAGGUUGAGGGAGACUUGCAGCUUUUGCAAUCUGAAAUUGAAGAGGCUAUGAGUGAUGCCAAGACCAGUGAUGAGAAGGCAAAGAAGGCUAUUAUGGAUGCUUCGAAACUUGCUGAUGAGCUUCGUUCCGAGCAAGAACACGCUAGCAAUUUGAACCAAUCAAAGAAAACUCUUGAAUCACAAGUUAAAGACUUGCAAAUGAGAUUGGAUGAAGCUGAAGCUGCUGGAAUUAAGGGAGGAAAGAGACAGUUGGCUAAGUUAGAUAUGAGAAUUCAUGAGUUGGAAACCGAAUUGGAAGGAGAAAAUAGAAGACAUGCUGAGACACAGAAAGUGCUUAGAAAUAAGGAUAGAAAAUGCAGAGAGCUCCAGUUCCAGGUCGACGAAGACAAAAAGUCCCAAGAAAGAAUGUACGAUCUUAUUGAAAAGCUUCAACAGAAGAUCAAGACAUACAAAAGACAGAUCGAAGAUGCGGAAUCAUUGGCCUCUGGCAACUUGGCCAAAUACCGCCAACUUCAACACGUCGUGGAAGAUGCUCAAGAAAGAGCUGACGCCGCUGAGAAUGCUCUCCAAAAGUUGAGACUGAAGGGAAGGAGUACAUCAGGAGUUUUCGGACCACGAGGAUUGGCUCACUCUAUGUCAACGACUGGAGUCAAUAUGAGACGAGGUGGUUCUCGAGGCGCAUUCCUGGAUGAGGACUUUGCUGAGGAAUAAUUUGUUUUAUUAAUGUUAAACUUUUAAUCCUAUUCGUAUUUCCAAACUCUAUUUGUACACUUUCCAAAAUUUUGUCUUCCUCUUUUCUCCCCUCCCGCUUGUCAUCCACCCAAACACUUCUCUGAUACAAUUAAACCAAAUUUACUUUUUGUUUUUGAAAUCUUUCCACCUGUCUUGAUUACUUAUCAAUCGUUUUUCACCAAAAACUUUUCACUUCGCAUAUUCACACUGCCCCCCAAAAAUUUUCACUUAUCGUCUUUUCGUUUAGAAAUAAACCUUUUGUUUCGUGU